AAAAACAAAGUCAACUAAAGAUAUCAAUUUUUAUAAAAGUUAGCUCCCGAAUAUAUAAUUCAAUUAAAUGGGUUUACGGCAUUUUUAGCCAUGGUUUCAUUUUAAAAUUGAAAGAAAAAAGAUUCCUAAUAAAAGCGGGAGGCCAAACAUCUCGGCUCUUCGUGUCUGUCUGGUAAUUAAUUCCUACGCACGACAAAGUUCUCCUAAUCUCUCUCUCUCUUCUGGUCUUCUCUUUCCGACAUUUGCCCGAUCAAUUUUUUCUUCUUCUCGAUGCAAUGACAACUCCACGAUCGCCGGCGACAGAUUUCUUCGGAAUCUCCAAGACAGCAUGCAAAGCUUACAAAUCCAUCGUCACAAAACUGCAUCCUCUCUCUUCUCAUCGCAAAACCGACUCUCACUCCGACAACGAUUCCACGAUCCACCAGAAAUAUCUAGAGGAGAAAUUCGCGGAGGAGGAUGAUCUCAUCGCUGCUCGGAGAGGUCUCCGUUUACAGAGCAUGGACGACAGCUCCGUCUUCAAACGCCGUUCUUCUCUCUUAUCAAACUCCAGCAGCCGCCGCAGCCACACGCCGCAAGCUCGUCCCACAUACCUCACCUCCGCCUCUUCCAACCGCCGCUCCACUUUCUCAAGAACCACCAGCCGCAGAGACGACGGAGGCGGCAGCAGCCACGGAGGCGUAGGGAGAACACACGGCCUCAAAUCUCGCCCCGUCUCCAACAGCGCGAGCCCGAUGACGUCGCCUUUCACGAGCCCGAGAGGGAAAGAUCAGACCCUGGGAGAUUUGUUCGGCUCCGCGCAGGGGCUAACGUCUCCUCCGAGCUCUACACCGUCUUCUCCUAAAACCAUUUCGAAGAGCCGUAGCAAGAGAGAUAAAGACGGGAGAUCAGGGUCCACGACGUCGUUUUCGAAGAGCACGAGCACGAGACAUCAGUCGAAGAGGGAUACGGGUGGGUCAGUGGGGAGGAGCGUGAGCAGGAGGAGCACGACGCCGAUAGUUUUCUCUCAGUCGACUCAGCCGAAGAAGCCGCCGGCUGUGGAGAAAAAGCUCGAGUGUACGUUGGAAGAGCUCUGCCAUGGUGGAGUCAAGAACAUCAAGAUCACUAGGGACAUUAUUACCGAUGAAGGGUUGAUUAGGAAACAAGAAGAGACGUUGAAAGUGAACAUCAAACCAGGAUGGAAGAAAGGGACCAAGAUCACAUUCGAAGGAGUAGGCAACGAGAAACCUGGCUACCUCCCUGAAGACAUCACGUUCGUGGUCGAAGAAAAGAGACAUCCUUUGUUCAAAAGACGUGGUGACGACUUAGAGAUUGCGGUCGAGAUUCCACUUGUAAAGGCUUUGACUGGAUGCAAACUCUCGGUGCCGUUACUGAGUGGUGAGUCGAUGUCAGUAUCUGUAGGAGAAGUCAUCUUUCAUGGGUUUGAGAAGGCUAUUAAAGGUCAAGGUUUGCCUAAUGCUAAAGAAGAAGGUAAACUAGGAGACUUGAGAAUCACGUUUUUAGUGAAUUUUCCUAAGAAGUUGAGCGAAGAACAACGAUCAAUUGCCUAUGAGGUCUUGAAAGAUUGUUCUUGGGCUUAAAGGUUGAUAAUAUAUUGGUUUCAUGCCACUCACUCCAUGUCUGCUCAUUUGUUCUUCUUUGUAUAUAAGAUUCACAAGUUGAGGCUUUGAAGUUGUGUUGACACUUUAGGCUUUUACAUAUUAUUAUGUUUUUCUUAGAGUGACCUGUUUUAUAUGAUUCUUACUGUGAAUGAUACAAUUGUUCGAUUGGUUACAAAAAAUUGUUUGUCAUAAGCAUCUUAUUAAUCCCAAGGAUUUGAUUGAUUGGCAUCUUAUUAAUCCCAAGGA